AUGGCUGUCAAGUUGAAUGUUAGCAAGAGCACAGUAGGUUCAUGGGUGAAGCAAGGUAAACUAAGGCCACAUACAAAUGCAAUUAAACCUGCCCUCACUGAUAUGAAUAAGCUAGCAAGAGUGAGAUGGAGUCUUAGUCAACUCCAGCCACAAAUAGCUGAUGGUAAAGUUCCAUAUCAAAGCAUGCAGAAUAUAGUGCACAUAGAUGAGAAGUGGUUCUAUAUGACCAAGUCAUCAGACAGAUACUACCUCUUGCUAGGUGAGGAGGAGCCAUAUAGGUCAUGCAAAUCCAAAAGAUUCAUCACCAAAGUGAUGUUUAUGUGUGCUGUCAGUAGGCCACUUUUUGGAAGUGAGGGCCAGGCCCUUUAUGAUGGUAAGGUGGGAAUAUUUCCCUUCACUGAACUUAUGCCAGCACAAAGAAAGUCAAAGAACAGGCCAAGAGGAACCAUGGAAACCAAGGCAAUCCAUUCAGUCACAAAGCCAGUUAUGAGGGACUGCCUUCUCCACAAGAUUAUACCUGCAAUUAAGGCCAAGUGGCCUGUUUGGGCAAAUAAAGAGAUUUACAUUCAGCAAGACAAUGCCACACCACACAUAACUGCCUUGGAUCCAGAGUUUCAGGCUAUUGCCAAUACAGAUGGAUUUAAAAUCCAUCUGAUUUGUCAACCAGCUAAUUCCCCUGAUACUAACAUAUUAGACCUGGGUUUUUUUAGAGCAAUUCAGUCAUUGCAGCAUGAGAAACCAUGCAAAACUGUUGAUGAACUGGUGGGAAAUGUGUGUAGCUCUUUUGCAGAGCUGUCACCACAAACCCUUAAUAGAGUAUUCAUCAGUUUGCAAGCUUGCCUCAGAGAAAUCCUACAAUGCAGAGGUGGAAAUGGUUACAAAGUUCCACACAUCAACAAAGAUAGGCUGGAAAGAACUGUGGGACUCCCUAAUGUGCUGGAAGUGGAGGAGAAUGUGGUGAGAGAAGUGCUGGAAUACUUGCAAAUGCCAGAGAACAAUGAUGGAUCAAUGUAUGACAUUGGUCCUCUAUCAAAUGCAUUUGGCUUAUAG